AACGACAUGCACAUAUCAUAGCGUUACACUUCCCGGAGACCCAACCUACCAACCAUUCAUGAUAAAAAUCACACCAUCAAAAGAAAACAAACCACAGAAUCCAAUCCAUCUUCUCGCCAAAUCAUGCCUCGAAACUCGAGCUUCCCUAUACAAAUAACAUCCACCACCACCACAGCUACUCGCAGUGUUGAUGAUCAUCGGCACAAGAGCGGCCGCAGCAGCAGAAUCAAACAACAACAGCAAAAGUUUCCUCGUCGUCAUCGCAGGCCGAGUUUCGACGACGACGUCGUUUCGUCAUCCUCAAACCUAUCGGCGAUGAAGAUAUUCAACCGGUUCCGGAAACUUCUCGUCCGUCUCCUCUUCUCCGUCGGCGGGAAGAAAGGGGGCGACAAUUAUCCGGCGGCGGCGGCGGCUGGAGAGAGGGCUGACCCGCCCAAGACCUCUUGUAGCUCCUAUUACUCGACCCAGCUGCAUUACAGCGAGGCCAUUGCCGACUGCAUCGAGUUCUUGAAUAAGGCUGCUGGUUCGCCCGAUGGGCCGGCGGCCGGUUCGAUCCAACACGGUCCGCACCCUGAUGUUUGGGUUUGAUUCCAUGUAUUAUCGUCACAAUGAUCAGCUGGGAUCAUGUUUUGUUGUUUGGCUUGAGAAAUUUGUUUUUUCCAAAGAUUGUUUUUCCUUCUCGUGUUUGUUUUGGCUUUAUGGCGCGUCUAUGAAUCUGC